AUGGGUGGCUUCGAGGACUCCAACGGUUUCUUUGCCGAUCUCAUGAAAAACUACCAACAAGAUCUUGGGGCCAACUUCAAGCUGGAUAUGGAUCGGUCCGAUGAAAUCCCCAAAGAAGUGGUCUGCCUACUGCCUUCCAACAAUGGCAUGGGGGUUUUUGACUCCUGCAGUUCCGCGGUUCCAACCAACGAGACUGGCCUUCCUGUUUCCAGUGAUCACUUCCCUACGGAGGCUGAUGACGACGACUUCAUGUCCAAUUUUCCGAUCAGUGCGCGUGAUUACACUACAGAGGAACAGUUCGACCAGGCACUGAUGCUACUUGGUCCGCAGUCAGAUUCUGAAUCCCAAGACGAGACCUCGUCACAAUACCUAAGCAAUUUGGUAAAAAGUUCUUCACCGAAAAUGGAGGAAGCAGAGCAGAAACCUACGCAACGCCUCUCGCCUGCUGAGCAACAAAUGGAACGAUCUCCAGUGGCUUUGGCUGUAAUAAAAUGUGACAACGAGACUUCCUCUGCAUCUCUCAGUCAGUCACCUAUUCUUGCGAGUUUGGCCGCUGAUUCUGGAGGGGAAAAUCUGCAAGAUCCUUCUUGGCUUCCUGUUUUGACGACGAAUAACAGUAGCGUCAUUGAAGGGAACACUCAGCAGUCUGGAGAAGCUACGCUACCCAUGCACGAUGAAGUCGAGCAGGUGCAUCCCACACAUAGUCCCUCGCCGUCGGUUCUUAAGAUGGGGAUGACUGAGGAUGUCGAACACGUAGCCGGAGAAGACGUUACUUCUGCUGAAUUACACACGGCAUGUGAUGAUGAUGUUCUGAAUGAUGAUUCGGGAAGCGAACUCGACUUUCUUCCCAGUCAUGACGAAAAACUGCUAUUCCGUCUUUCUGAUGAUCAUCUGAGUUUUGAUAGAUUGCCCUCCUGCUCCAGCGAAACUGAAGAGGCCCAAAUUGAAGCAGACCCUGAUCCCGGAACUGAACAGACCCAAACUGAAGCAGACCCUGUCGCAGAGGUGUCAUCGAAAAGUACUAGAUAUCUUAGCGACAGGUCAACUUCCAGCUCUGGCAAUACUUCUGUUAAGUCGUCAAAACUAGACGUGAGGCAUUCACCGAGGACAGCAAAUUUGGGCGCGGGCCGUCCGAAAAAGACAGAUCCAUCGAUUCGUUCCUCUGCGUCCUCCCAUUCUCAGCAGUCUACAACUUACCUCCGACGCAGAAGUAAUGGUAGUGCCGAAAACUCUAAGGCCAGAGAAGAUUUAAGUGGCACCCCUCAGCGCAACUCUACUUCGGGCGGCACAACCGAUGCUCCGGCCUCGGAGGAGACCCAGCCUGCUAGUCAGGCAACUGUCCUGACCGAGAACAGCAGGGUAGAUUCCACGGACGCUUCUUGGGGCACAGAGUCCUUGCCGCUUUCUGAGAACCCUCGGGAUACCAACGAAGCCGCAAAGAACCAGUCGGAAGAGUUUGAACCUGUCGUUCGUUUCUUGGGUUCUCCGACGUCUGCAAAGCGAUCUCCACAGUGCUCGUUUACCAGCCCACAGGUAGAGGCGUUCUUUGAAGGGAGCCAAAGUAGCAAGUCUUCUGAAUGUGUACCGGGAAGUACUGCGUCAACACCAAUCGAAGCAAGAAGUCUAUGGACAAUGCUGACAACCUCCAGGCCCACGUCUUUUGGGUAUGUUUUCUCCCAGUGA